AUGGCGCUCCUGAUGACAGAGAGUGAUAGUGAGCCCGCAGCGCCGGGUGUCCGCAUCCACGAAGACGAAGCAGCCCCCAAGCAUGAGAUCGAUUCCCUGCAAGAAGACCACCCUCAAUACCCGGAACGGCUAUCCACACUCCUCCUCGAUAUCUCGGCACUGGUGGUCAUCCAGUUCCUUCAAGGGCUCGACGGCACGAUCGUCACGACCGCCAUCCCCAAGAUCUCGAACCGCUUCCAUGCCCUGGGCGAUAUCGGCUGGUACGCCAGUGCGUUCAUGUUGACCUUUUGCUCCUUGCAGCUGAUCUGGGGCAAACUGUACACCUUCUACACGGUGAAAUGGACGUACCUGGUCGCGCUCUUCCUGUUCGAGCUGGGGUCCUUCAUCUGCGGGAUCGCGCCCUCGUCCAUGAGCUUCAUCGUCGGUCGUGCAAUUGCAGGGGUUGGUGCCGGAGGCACCGGGGCUGGGUCACUGCUGCUCGUCACGCAUCUCCUCCCCCCACCGCGCCGGCCAGCUCUCGUUGGCGUUCUGACCGCGAUCUUCGGUUUCGGUGCGGCCGUGGGCCCGUUGCUUGGGGGCGCAUUUACCGACAACGCCACGCUCACCUGGCGAUGGUGCUUCUACAUCAAUCUUCCGCUGGGCGCCUUGGCCGCCACGAUUGUCGUCUUCUUCAUCCCCACCAACAAAGCCCCCGGGCGGAACACCGCCUUCCAGGAGCGAUUGCUGCAGAUGGAUCUGCUGGGCGCCGUGCUUCUGAUUCCCGGGAUGGUUUCGCUCUUGCUUGCGCUGCAGUGGGGGGGUUCCAAGUACCCCUGGAGUGACGGCCGGGUCAUCGCCACGCUGGUCGUCGCGGGGGUUUUGAUAACCGGCUUCGUCCUCAGUCAGGUCUGCCGCCAGAAUGAGGAUCGCCUCAUGAUCUCGUCGCGGGUGUUCAAGGAUCCCCGGAUCUGGACUGCCGUCAUCCUGGGAGCUUCCGCUACCACCUCCUUUUUCGUCAUGCUGUACAAUCUCCCCAUCUGGUUCCAAGCUAUCAAGGGUGCUUCUGCCGCCUCCUCGGGCGUGAUGAGCCUUCCCAUGACCAUCAGCUUCCUCGUCGCCUCCACAAUCGGAGGGACACUGAGCUCCAGCGACUUGUCUCCUCCAUCCCCGUCUUCGCCACCCCGGAACCACUGGCGCCGCCGCAUCCUCCCCGGCCGCGUUCGAGCAGUCAAGCGGCCCUCCCCAACCACGAUCGUCGCCCUCUUGACGCUCGCCUCCCCGAUCCUGCUCUCCACGGGCUCCGGUCUUCUGACCACUCUCACCCCGCACAGCAGCACCGGGAAGUGGAUCGGCUACCAAGUCCUGCUGGGUGCGGGCGGGGGCCUGGGGAUGCAGCUCAGCAUGACGGCCGCGCAGUCUUUCCCGAACCACAGGGACAUCACCAUGGGCACGACAAUCAUCCUGACGUGCCAGAACCUGCCAGCCACCGUGCUGACCUCGGUAGCGGCGACGAUCCUCAACUCCCAGCUGGCUUCGCGUUUGCGCGAUGAGGUUCCGGGCCUGCACGGCAAUACACAGUUGGUCACGGGGGCCGGUGCGACGGGGUUUCGCGACGUGGUUCCGGCCGAGCUGAUUCCGGCGGUCUUGGAGGUGUAUAAUGAAUCGGUGACCCGGACGUUUCUUGUAUCGGUUGCUAUGGCGUGCUUCGGGGUAGGGGCAAGCCUGUGGGUGCCUUUGAGAUGGAGGCGCGCGGCGCGGGCUCGACGGGGCGCAGACCCUUGA